GCUCUCUAUCUGAUUCGAUGGCCUGUGCUCUGCUCCUCUCGCUCGGCACCCUCACGCCCAGCGCGAGGGCGAAGCCCGCCGUGGCCUCCGUGACGUCCUCCGCUCCUCAGCUGGUCGAGGUCUCGCCUGCCAAGGGCUCGAUGCUCGUGGCGGCGUGGCAAGCGCGGGCAGCGAACGCCAACACCCUGCAGACGGUCCCUGACGGCAAGACGGGCACAAAGCUAAAGGUGCUCGCCGUUUCAGGAGCGGAGCGGAUACGGCGCGCAAAUCGCAAGCAGCAGUACGAGCGCUUCCAAGCCUGCGCCGCAGCUGUUGCGGGUGCCGGCGAUGCGGGCGCCGCUAAGCUCUUCGCCACGGUCGGCGGCUGUGCGUCCACGCUCUGUCUGGUGGAGGUGGAUGAGGACGAGUGGAGUGUCAAGUCGCUCUGCGUGAGCCCGGACGCGCGCGAGCUGCCCUCCGUCGCCGAGGCGGAGGAGGCGGCGCUGCAGGGGCUGCGCGGGCUCUGCGCCGGCUCCGGAGGGCGGCUGCGGGUGGCAUCCGAGGUCGAGGCAUCCCUCGUGGGCAGCCGGCAGAGCCUCGGCCUGACCGCGACGAGCGAGGACGGCGAGCUGGGCGAGGGAGGCGGCAGGAUGGGCGCGGCGGAAGCCGUCCACGACGCGCUGCGCUCGCGGCGAACGAUCAAUGACUUUUCGCCUCAGCUGCCUGCCGGGUGGGAGGAGGCGCUGGAGCGCGCUGUGGAGGCAGCCACCUUUGCACCCAACCACAAGCGGACCGAACCGUGGCGCUUCCACCUCCUCGGACCUCGCUCAAUCCGGCGGGUCUGCGAGCUCAAUGCGGAGCUCGUGACUGCGUCCAAGGGCGACGCCGCGGGCGCCAAGAAGCUGGAGCGCUGGCUCGCGAUUCCGGGCUGGCUCGUCGUCACGUGCGUGCGGCGUGAGGGCGGCGACUCGAUGGAGGAGCCCGCCGGCUUGGCUCGCGAGGACUACGCCGCCGUCUGCUGCGCCACUCAGAAUCUCUGCCUCUCGCUUCACGCCGACGGGCUCGGCACAAAGUGGACGAGCGGGCCGGUCAACUUCGACCCGCGCUUCGCCGGCGCGGUCGGAUUGCCCGACGACGAGUACGUGGUAGGCACUGUUUGGUUCGGGGCGGCCGCCGGCGAGAAGGCGCCACCCGCGCCCGCCAAGCGCCUCGCGGUGGGAGACGUGCUCCGGCAGUCCGACUAG